CUUGUGCAUUUGGUCCAAAGACAAAGAUGACUGCAGGAGUGGGCAGGUGGGAGUGGGGCACCCUGGCCUGUCCCCAGGAAGGAGGAGGAGUCUGCAGCCUUGUGGGCUUCAACAUCCAUCAAGGAGUCCAGAGCAGGAGCCAGGCCAGGUGGGAGGGAAAGGCCCUGGCAGGGGCUCCCUCAUCUCCCAGCCCCAGCUCUGCCCCAUCACUGCCGCUGCUCCUCAUUACUCACUGGGGCAGCUGUCCCGUCCCCGAAGGGUGGCCUUGUCCGGAGAGCGGCAAACCUCCCUGCCAUGGAUGAGUCAGGAGCGUUUUCUUAAGAGGAAAAUCACUGGAAAACAAAAUGAGCAGAGACACAGAAACCAACAGAAGUGGCUGCAUUUGUGCUACAGGCUCCGCUUCCAGAGCUCACUGAUGCCCACCUCAGACAGGCCUGACCAAGGCACGGCUGGCGGGAUUUGCCAGUCACCUUUACCAGCCAGUUCCACCCUCAGCUUCUCUGAGAAGGGAGCACCACACUCCCCAAGCUCAGUGAAUGUGUCCCGGUGUGGGUGGGGGCGGAGCCUGUGAUAGCUCAGGGUGGGCUCGGUAGGACACUGGGGUGUGGAAGGCGGAAGUGAGCACCUGACUCCGACAGCCGGGGAGCUCGUGGGAGUCACGAGGCCACAGCGACUUCAUGGUCUGACUGGGCCUGGACCUGUAAACUUCCCCCCUCAGCCUUGGGCCAAGCCUGAAAGAUAAAAACGGAGGGCCCCACAGCACCCCUCACUCAGAUUCUGCCCUGGGCUUUUCCCACGCAGCCCCAGAAGAGGACACGCCAGCCCCAGAGUUAGCCCCAGAGGCCCCUGAGCCUCCUGAAGAGCCCCGCCUAGGGGUGCUGGCCGUGACCGACACAGCCCCAGACUCCAUGCGCCUCUCGUGGAGCGUGGCCCAGGGCCCCUUUGAUUCCUUCGUGGUCCAGUAUGAGGACACGGACGGGCAGCCCCAGGCCUUGCUCGUGGACGGUGACCAGAGCAAGAUCCUCAUCUCAGGCCUGGAGCCCAGCACCCCCUACAGGUUCCUCCUCUAUGGCCUCCAUGAAGGGAAGCGCCUGGGGCCCCUCUCAGCUGAGGGCACCACAGGGCCGGCCCCUGCUGGUCAGACCUCAGGGGAGCCAGGACCCCGCCUGUCCCAGCUGUCUGUGACUGAUGUGACCACAAGUUCACUGAGGCUCAACUGGGAGGCCCCACCUGGGGCCUUCGACUCCUUCCUGCUCCGCUUUGGGGUUCCAUCACCAAGCACUCUGGAGCCACAUCCGCGUCCUCUGCUGCAGCGCGAGCUGAUGGUGCCGGGCACGCGGCACUCAGCCGUGCUUCGGGACCUGCGUCCCGGGACGCUGUACAGCCUGACACUGUAUGGGCUGCGAGGACCCCACAAGGCCGACAGCAUCCAGGGCACUGCUCGCACCCUCAGCCCAGUUCUGGAGAGCCCCCGUGACCUCCAAUUCAGUGAAAUCAGGGAGACCUCAGCCAAGGUCAACUGGAUGCCCCCGCCGUCCCGGGCGGACAGCUUCAAAGUCUCCUACCAGCUGGCAGACGGAGGGGAGCCCCAGAGCGUGCAGGUGGACGGCUGGGCCCGGACCCAGAAACUCCAGGGGCUGAUCCCAGGCGCUCGCUACGAGGUGACCGUGGUCUCUGUCCGAGGCUUUGAGGAGAGUGAGCCUCUCACAGGCUUCCUCACCACGGUUCCUGACGGCCCCACCCAGUUGCGUGCACUGAACUUGACCGAGGGGUUCGCCGUGCUGCACUGGAAGCCCCCCCAGAAUCCCGUGGACACCUAUGACGUCCAGGUCACAGCCCCUGGGGCCCCACCUCUGCAGGCCGCGGCCCCAGGCAGCGCAGUGGACUACCCCCUGCAUGACCUCGUCCUCCACACCAACUACACCGCCACUGUGCGCGGCCUGCGGGGCCCCAACCGCACUUCCCCAGCCAGCAUCACCUUCACCACAGGGCUAGAGGCCCCUCGGGACUUGGAGGCCAAGGAAGUGACCCCCCGCACGGCCCUGCUCACUUGGACUGAGCCCCAAGUCCGGCCCACAGGCUACCUGCUCAGCUUCGACACCCCUGGUGGCCGGACCCAGGAGAUCCUGCUCCCGGGAGGGGUCACAUCUCAGCAGCUCCUCGGCCUCUUUCCCUCCACCCCCUACAAUGCACGGCUCCAGGCCAUGUGGGGCGAGAGCCUCCUGCCGCCCGUGUCCACCUCUUUCACCACCGGUGGGCUGCGGAUCCCCUUCCCCAGGGACUGCGGGGAGGAGAUGCAGAACGGAGCCGGUGCCUCCAGGACCACCACCAUCUUCCUCAACGGCAACCGCGAGCGGCCCCUCAACGUGUUUUGUGACAUGGAGACUGACGGGGGCGGCUGGCUGGUGUUCCAGCGCCGCAUGGAUGGACUGACAGACUUCUGGAGGGACUGGGAGGACUAUGCCCAUGGUUUUGGGAACAUCUCUGGGGAGUUCUGGCUGGGCAAUGAGGCCCUGCACAGCCUGACGCAGGCAGGUGACUACUCCAUGCGCGUGGACCUGCGGGCCGGGGACGAGGCUGUGUUCGCCCAGUACGACUCCUUCCGCGUGGACUCGGCUGCGGAGUACUACCGCCUCCACCUGGAGGGCUACCACGGCACCGCAGGGGACUCCAUGAGCUACCACAGCGGCAGUGUCUUCCCUGCCCGUGAUCGGGACCCCAACAACUUGCUCAUCUCCUGCGCCGUCUCCUACCGAGGGGCCUGGUGGUACAGGAACUGCCACUACGCCAACCUCAACGGGCUCUACGGGAGCACAGUGGACCAUCAGGGAGUGAGCUGGUACUACUGGAAGGGCUUCGAGUUCUCGGUGCCCUUCACGGAAACGAAGCUGAGACCAAGAAACUUUCGCUCCCCAGCCGGGGGAGGCUGAGCUGCCGCCCACCUCUCUCAGUAUGACUGCCGAGCACUGAGGGGUCGCCCCGAGAGAAGAGCCAGGGGCCUUCACCACCGGCCGCUGGAGGAAGCCUUCUCUGCCAGCGAUCUCACAGCACUAUGUUUACAGUGGGGGGAGGGGUUCGUACGGGAGCAAGAAAGGAGAAACUGAGGCACCCGG